AUGAGAGCUUGGAGGAGUUUGAGACAAUUGAUCGAGGCGUGGUCGAGCUAUCAGGAACAGACGCUGGGGCAACCAGGAACAUCACGAAGAGGAGUAUCAGAAGAUUUACAAUCCCCUCCGGUGUGGGCACUGCAAUUACAAGACAUUCCAAAACGAAGAAGAAUUGUGCAUGAUGUGUUUCCCGCCAGAGACGACGGAGAAGCUCAGGACAUUUGUAAUGAAAUUAUUAGAAGAUUUGAACUCGGACCAACACAGUACGGAGUCGCGGCAGUCUCUGUCCACACACGAGACACUAGCAUCCCACACGUCCACGUUGUCCACGACUGCAGCUGGAGCAACGGGAGCUGCCGAUGUGUAUCAUUCUCUGGCUUUGUGCGACGACCAAACCGCUCAUCUGUUUGGACUACAAGCGCAACAGCAUGGGACUUCUUCCAUCUUAUCCAGUAUUUGUAUAGCCACCCCCGAGUAUUGGAAUACUUUAAAGUGGGAGGAGCCGAUUGGGGUCGUGACUGUAGAGCUCAAGUUGUGGGACAAUACGGCCAUUCAGGACACGAGUCCUCAAGAGUUUUGGAGGUUUUGCACUCGCAAUUUGCGUGUCCAGUUGCAUGCAACGACACCAUCGGAAGUUCAUCAGGCCAUUCAAACAGUGAUUCGUUAUGCAAACGAGAGGGCGGGAAAGCAAAGGCCAGAAAAUGUUCAAAGAGAAAAGCGGAAGAACCCCUCUACGAUUGGCUCAGGGAAAACCCCGUAUCGCCGUUGACUAACAUUGUCCGCACACCAAAGUGGCUUGCCGACCCCAACUUUAGGUUUAUCAGGCUCGAUGACAAGCACUUGCAGAGGGCCAUUCAAGUGUUUAACGACGAGAUGUGUAGUUACACCACUCUGGACUUUAUUGAACUAUAUAAAAACACGCAGCCACUGUUUGAUGCUCCACAAGGCGAUUUGAGUGCCUAUUACAUGAGUAUCGAGGAGUCGUUUGACGCCGUGCUGGAACUGCUGAGCUUUCAGUUUGAUGACAACCAGCCCGAAAUUUCCGACUUUGUAAACAACCUCUAUAUGCUCGUGGAAAAACUGGUACCCAAGAAGAAUUGCUUGGAGGUGGUGUCGCCUCCCAGUGCUGGCAAGAACUUUUUCUUUGACGCUGUGCUUUCCUUUUAUAUUAACAGAGGAACCAUCCGCAACUUUAACCGCUAUUCCAACUUUCCUCUACAAGACACUGUAGGGCGUCGCAUACUGGUGUGGAACGAGCCAAACUGCGAGUCGUCUGCCUUUGACACGGUCAAGAAAAUCUUUGGCGGAGACGUGGACUCUGUGGCUGUCAAGUACUCUCCCGACCAGACCAUUUCGAGAACGCCCGUCAUUGUGCUGUCGAACAACGAGGUGUUUCCGGACGACGAUGCCUUUAAUCACCGCAUGUUUCGCUACAAGUGGAAAUCUUGCCCCUUGCUCAAGCGCCACGACAAGAAGGUGCACCCCAUGUCUCUUGUGCUGUACGACAAGUAUGUACUCGAUGCCGACUAUAUAACUGCACGUCAGCACCAAUAA